CGUCGAGGGCAUCUUUCACACCUCUCUUCUCAUAGGCAUUUCUCAUUUCUGAAACUGGUCACACAUACGGCUGGGCUUUUUGAAUUUCUGCCUGGAUUCCCUCGUGUUAGGAAGUACCACACACAGACUGAUCAACUCCAUCAAGAAAUAUGAAUGGCUCCCAGGUCUGCCUCUUGCUGUACUGUGUGGUACUCAUGGGAACAUCAGUACUUGCUAAUGACGGUAAAAUGAAAAAUGAAACUGAAAAGGGAGCUGGGGCUAACCAUAACGCAACCAUGGGACCUUCUGGAACUACACAUUUAACACAAUUUAACAGUUCAACACAUUUUCAGUCAGAAUCAACAACACCAGCUACCCUCAACACCAGAGAAACAUCUGGAACCAAUAGCCCAGUGAACACCAACAACACACCAUCCAGAGCCAACACCAAACCUAGUGCCUACCCUCCACUUAAGGCCAAAACCAGCCCCACGUUCAGCCCCUGCCGCAGCUCUGACUUUCUGUUGGAUAAGAAGGAGGCCACCAUCCUGCUGAUUGUGACAGGUGCCCUGGUGGUCCUGUGUGCCAUCCUGCUAGUCUCCACAGUGGUGCUGUCAUGCCAUGUGUGCUGCCUGAAGCGCCAGCCCCGCAUCAGCAGCCGCCCCACCCGCAGCAACAUAGACCUGGUGAGUGGUACUGGGUACUGGGGCACUGGCCAGAGGACCAAGGAGAGGCCUGACUCUGAGCCCGGUGAGACCAGCCUGAUGAUGGCAGAGCUCAGACAGACCCAGGAGGGGGAGAACGGCAAGACAGACAAGGGGCAAGGGGAAAAUGAGAUGGCGAAAGAUACACCCAAGAAGGAAAAGAAGGAAGCCACGGAAAAUGGGGUGGCAGCAGCUGCAAACCCUAGCCAGGGGAGCCCAGUCACUACCACCACCAAACAGCCUGCAGAGCCCUCUGACCCCACAGCCACAGCAGUCUCUCCCCAAUCACAAGCCUCUAGCGAGGUUGUGGUGGUGGUGGGGUGAGGGCUCUCACAUGGUGACCUUGGACCAGAAACAAGCUCAAACCACUGGUCAAACUGUCCUCAGAUGAUGGGAACAGCACAGUUUUAUACGACAGCUUCUAUUGGCAUGCUGUAAAGAGAUUUGCUUUUGCACUGAGUGUUUGCUUAGAGUGAUUGUGUGGUUUUGUAUUUUAUGCUCGCAUUCUCAUUCAAAACUUGAAAUAAUGAAAUAAUUACCAUUAUGACCAUGUCUAUACAAAUUAAUGUACCACAAGAAGUUGAAUAUCAUGUGAAUUUUUAAUAUUUGUAUGAAUUUGUAUUUGUGUAACAAAAAUGGUUAUAAGUUCAAAUGUAUAGCCAUCAUCAGUGUCACUGAUAAGAGGAAAUGACUCCUGUUUGGUCUAGUGGUUGUAUCACAGCUUGCUUGUUGUCACAAUUCAUCUGCCAUUUCCCUCACUUCUCCAUUUUUAGACAUUCUAAAUUCUGCAAAAUGACAAAACAGAACCAACCAGCACUAAACUGUAGUAUCAGCUUAAGUAGACCAUUUAAAGGAACUGUUUAAGCCACAAACCUCUUCCAGAAACACUCCCACAAUGUUUUCCUACAAGUCAACAUCACUUCCUUGGUGUUUUCGAAACAGUAAAGAAGAGUUCAAAUGUUUCUGCUCUAGCUUUAUCUGCCCUUCCGUUUCCAAGCCUUUGAAACAGUAAAGAAGAGUUCAAAUGUUUCUGCUCUAGCUUUAUCUGCCCUUCCCUUUCCAAGCCUUUGAAACAGUAAAGAAGAGUUCAAAUGUUUCUGCUCUAGCUUUAUCUGCCCUUCCGUUUCCAAGCCUUUGAAACAAUAAAGAAUUAGGACACUUCCUGAGUGUUUCUCUGCUACAGUGUGUCUGAGAGACAGCUAAUUGCAUGUGAGUGUGAAUGUGGAUGAAUUACAGAGAGGGGGAGAGCAAGGCUGGGCAUUAGUAAGCAGUGUGUCUGUGAGGCAGUACCACCUGUUUUCACUGACCAGAGAGGGGAACUACAACAAAGCAGCAUAAUACCACAUUCAAAACUGCUACACCGCCACCGAUCCGUUUUAUCCUCUCAGAUAUUUAUUCAUCUACUUACGGCUGACAACAUGAUGAACGUGUGGAUGUACUGCAUGUCAAGUCUAAAACGGGUUGUCCGUGAAGAGGGCAUAAUACUGACUACUAACAAUUUCAAACCAAAAGUCAAAUGUUAUCCAUUACUGCAAUACGUACAGGGGGUACAUAACUA